CUGGGCAUCAAAUGCCCCUAUUCAGAGAAGGGUGACCCAAGCAACCCCCCUUUCACUCCGUCUAUAUAAAUGCAGCCGAAGAUGGUUCCCAGCAUCACAAGCUCUCGAUACCUUCUCUCGAAAUGAAGACCGUCAUCCUCUUCGCUCUCCUUUCCCUGGCACUCGCCGAGAAGCUGCCCGCAGCAGUGCCAGUGCCCGUGGCCAUCAUCAGACAGACCCAGGUCAACCCAGAUGCCCUCGGUGCCCACAGCUCAGACUUCGAAGCCGAGAAUGGCAUCGUCUUCCAGUUCUCCGGAUCCCAGGGACUCACUGGAGGCUCAAACAUGAUCGGAUCUUGGAGCUACCCACAAGCCGACGGAACCUUAGCUGAGGUCACCUUCGUGGCCGACGAGAACGGAUUCCAGCCCCAGUCCUCGUUGUUGCCAGUGGCUCCCGCCUUCCCCCACCCCAUCCCCCAGUUCGUCCUCGACCAGAUCGAGUUCGCCAGGCUCGAGAAGGAGAGACAGCAACGAGAGGGAAACAGGGCUUAGACGAACGAACGAAAAAAGAGAAAAUGUUUCAUGGCCACUUUUAAUUUUUUUUUUUGUAUUGUUGUUUUCUUUUGAACCUCAAUGGAUUAUUAUUGUUUAACUCGACAUGUGAAUAAAUUAUUGAUGACUUUA